CUUCAAUCCGUUUUAGGAAAGCACAGCGAUAAUGACAACAAGGAAGCACAACGAAUUCCUCGAGGCGGGCGAGAGUGAUGAUGAUAGGGGGAGCGAGGGAUAUAAUUCCGAAGCGGAAGAUUUGAGGAAAGGAGAGAGAGGGCAGAAGAGAAUCAAAGUCGACGACAGCGACGCCAGCGACUUCGACGACGACGACGACAACCUCGACGAUGCCUCCGCCGACGAGACCUCCAAACCCAGCAUCCUAAACGAAGAAUACGGCGAUGCCACUACCGCCCCAGAUGACGAUAAACCCGAAGAAAAAUCGAAACGGCUACGAAAAUCCGGAGAUCUACCAGGCACCUCCAAGCUCCUCAGCAAAAAGAACCUCGUCGCGACCGAAGCAGCCGUCAAGCGCUCCGGCGUCGUCUACCUCUCCCGCAUCCCGCCCUUCAUGAAGCCCCAGAAACUGCGCUCCCUCCUCGAGCCGUUCGGGGAUAUAAACCGCAUCUUCAUGACGCCUGAGGACCCUACGUCGCACACGCGGCGUGUAAGGAAUGGGGGGAACAAGAAGCGCUCUUUCACUGACGGAUGGGUGGAGUUCGUUAGCAAGUCCGACGCAAAGAAGGCGUGCGAGCUGCUUAAUACGCAGAUCAUCGGCGGGAAGAAGGGGACGUAUUACCAUGAUGAUGUGUGGAACUUGCUGUAUCUGAGGGGCUUCAAGUGGAACAACCUGACGCAGCAGAUCGCGGCGGAGAAUGCAGAGAGGGCGAGCAGGAUGAGGGCGGAGAUCAGCAAGACGACGAAGGAGAAUAAGGAGUUUGUGCAGAAUGUGGAGAGGGCCAAGAUGCUGGAGGGGAUGGAGGCGAAGAAGGCGGCGAGGAGGGAGAAGGAGGGCGAGGAGGGUAUACCCGCGAAGGUGGAGAAGGUGAAGAGGGGGGGGGAGAGGGCGAGGCAGUUUAAGCAGACGCAGGCUGUGCCGAAGAGGAAGGCGGCGGAUCAGUCGGAGAGUGUGAAGCAGGUGUUGAGCAAGAUUUUCUAGGAAGCAGCGUAGCUUACAGUCUUAACGAUUUAUUGAACAUUACAUACUUAAUCACGAGGCAUGUGCGAGGCA